AUCCUUCGAGCCCUUCACUUGACAGGGUACCAAUAAAGGAGAAACCGCAAUCAAAAGUCAAUUUGACACGUAUAAGAAUAAGAAAGACAUAAACCAUACACAGAUACUUGACUCUCGUACCGGUUCUAUACUGCACUUCUUCUCCAUUUUCUUCGUUUGUUUAUAUAUCAGCAAUUCAAUGUUCAGACCUCAGUUCGACAUUGAAAGUCGUCCAAGGACAAAAUAGGAGAGGAAUAUCAUGUCUUCUACUACGGGCAACAAAAGAACCUUCUCUAGUGACGAGGAGACAACGGAUGAAAAGUCUCAAUAUGAUUCAUCCACCGAGGAUAUACACCUUCCUCCCCAAUCUCCUUCUACAGCUCUGACGAGAUUUGGCGAUGUACACUUGCCAAUUGGGCAGUCAAACAACCAGCAAUCCACUCUUUUUUACCUCUCCUUAAUUGAGGCAAGAUGUAAAGCACAAGCUUUGACCACCUUGAACUCUGGUCGUGGUCCCGAUGAUCAAUUGCCAGAGAAUCAUCCAGAUAUCCAACGUUUAGCUCAAGUGCUCUUUAGCGAUAUGGCGGGUGAACUUCGCAGGUCAGGCGUACUUCCCAGAGCAGACGAGCUUGCAGGUCGGCAAUUUGCAACUCUACGCGAGGGCUAUCUCUCAACAUUCGAUUCUAUCCUCUCUCAAAGUGCAUUGCAGCGUGUACAGACUUCGACCUUUAGCCAAAACUCCAUCCUUCCACUAACGUCUAAUUCGUCGAUCGGAAUGUCCUAUUUCGACCAGCCGCAAAAUCUCAAUCUUACAAUGAUCCCCAAGAACCCUUUCUCGUCAGCUGCUUUGACCGCAAAUCCUUUUCAAUAUAGGUCAAUUUACAACAGAGAAUGGGAGCAGAUUAGCUUGCUAGGCAAAGGAGGAUUUGGCGCAGUUUACAAAGUGAAACACAGAGUUGAUGACCUAGAAUGCGCUAUCAAGAAGGUCAUUAUUACACCAGACCAGCUACGCAAGGUUGACACAGCGGCGCUAUUGUCUGAGGUGAAAGCACUGGCUGAACACAAACACCCCAAUAUUGUCAACUACUAUGGCUGCUGGAUUGAGAUGGGAAAUGUAAUUGUUCCAUCAACACGGCGUUUGAUGGAUGCUGAGGAUGAAUCAAGCUAUCUCUCAAUGUCUAUGAGUGAGGUGGAACAAUCAGAAGAUGAACUUGGAAUGCAGCAAGACCCCACUUUCGGCAUGAAUGACUUGCGUUUGGACAUGGAGAAAGAACUUGAAAAAGACAACAGAAGACGGGGUAAAACUAGCAGCGACCAGGUGCUCACAAAUAGUGGUGAUGGUGGUGUCGUUUUUGAUGUUUCAAAUGCAACCGCGACAAGAUCCAGCGGGAAGUCGUCAGAGGAAAGCGAAGAUGAAGAGGAAGAAUAUGAAAGUAACAACAAUGGCAAUACCAUCACUCCACAGGACAAUAGAGCUCGGAUUCUAUACAUCCGAUUUACUGUAUAUCCUCUUACAUUGGAGGAAUAUAUCUCAACAGACACACCACAGCCAGGUCACGAGUUUCCUAUCCGUCACUGCUUUCAUACACUUCCCACAAUUCGAAUACUAGGUGCUAUUCUCAAUGGAGUCCAAUAUCUUCACGCAAAACGCCUGAUUCAUAGAGAUCUGAAGCCCGCCAAUAUAUUCCUAUCCGCAAAGAAGGACCUGGAAGCAUUCGUUCCCUCGCACGACCUAAUAGAUGUCAGCAGAAGCGCCUGUCCAACGUGUACUGGGUCUGCUGAUCAAAACAAAGCUUAUAUUACGCCGUGCAUUGGCGAUCUUGGACUAGCAGUCAAACUUGCUGAAACUACGGCUACUCCUGCUGCUGGACCGUCUACAAGAGCUAUAGAGCUUAAUCCCUCAACACAGCUUUCUCGUCUCGGGUCAAAGCAAGCAGGCACAAAGCUUUAUAUGCCUCCAGGAAAGUCCACUGUUGUCUGUCCUAAAUUGGACGUUUAUGCCUUGGGAAUCAUAGCGUUUGAGCUAAUCACCCCCUUUACUACCCGCACCGAGCGUCACAUUGUAUUGAAUAAUAUCAAAUCCGGUAAAUAUCCGGCAGGAUUUGAGAAUCAUGAGAUGGCAGAGGGAAUUAAGGGGAUGCUAGCCGAGAAGAGAUCUGAUAGGUGGGAUUGUGAAAUGGUUAGGAGAUGGAUUGAGGGGUUUGAAUAGUCCGGAUAAAACCUGGCAGCUGGAACCUUCAACUGUCCAACACCUUUGGAAAGUUGAUAUUUCUUGAGAUUCUGGAUUCAGUCUGAAUAUUAAGAGCUUUUCAAACAAUGAAAACUCGCAUCAAAAUCGAACACGCUGCCUCUAGAGAAGGCGACGGGAUCAGGGGGAGUCAUUUUUAGAGUAGUACUAUACCCGGCUUAGGUUGUUAGGAAUUGAAAGGAUUUAAAUUUUACUUGCGCACAUGUUUCACUUCGUUUAU